AGCGGUCACGGCCCGGAACGGCCCGCGAGCGAGCGAGAGUGACAAGUGAACCGCGAUAGUGAGUGACAGUGAGUGAUAGUGAGUGACAGUGAGCGAUAGUGAGUGACAGUGAGUGGUAGUGAGUGCGAGCGAGUGACGUAGUGAGUGACUGCCACAUGAGGGCCCCGCCGAGGGUCGGCACCGCCUGACCGUGGAGGUGCAGUCCGUGCCUCGGCCCGCGGGGUCGGGCCCGCCUUUCCCCAGGACCUCGCCGCCGCCGCCCGCCCCCAGCGCCGCCCCCGGCCAGGAGAACCUGCCCCUCAGGCCACGCCUGGACAUCUUCCAGCACCUGCUCCAGGAGAACCGACAGAACAGGGGCAGGAUGGGCACAGGUGAGGACAGCGCCCACCCCUGGAAACCCAAAGGUGACAGACUCCUGGACAUUCCCUGCAAAGUGUGCGGGGAUAGGAGCUCAGGGAAGCACUAUGGAAUCUACAGUUGCGAUGGAUGCUCGGGGUUCUUCAAGCGCUCCAUCCACCGGAGCCGCGUGUACACCUGCAAGGCGCAGGGUGACCUGAAGGGCCGUUGCCCCAUCGACAAGACCCACCGCAACCAGUGCAGGGCCUGCAGGCUGACCAAGUGCUUCCAGGCCUCCAUGAACAAGGACGCCGUGCAGCACGAGCGAGGGCCACGCAAGCCCAAGCACCCGCUGGUGCAGCUGGGCGGCCCGCCCAAGGACAUGCUGCACCCGGCGCACCUACCCGCGCACCUGCAGGGCCACCUGCAGGGGCAGCUGCAGGGACAGUUGCAGGGACAGCUACAGGGCCCGCUGCCGGGACAGCUGCCCGGCGGCCACCACCCGGCCAUGCCGCACCCCGCCAUGCACCACCAGGGCUUCCUGCCGCCGGGUGGCUUCCUGUUCCCGCCCCACCACGGGCCACCGCCCCACCACGCCCACCACCACGAGUGGGCAGCCAGAGUGCACCUGUCCUCGCCGCUGUCCUUGUCACCCAUGUCGCCGUCGGGCUGCACGGUGCCGCCCUCCGGCCCCGGGUCGGGGGGUGGGUCCGCGGGAGGAUCCGGGGGCGGCUCGGCCAAGGGCCCCCCAAGCGAGAGCUCCGACAUCAGCCCCACCUCCUCGGCCACCCCCGGGCUGCGAGGCGCCGCCCCCGCGCCCGGCGGGCCCAUGCUGGUGCCGCCCCCAGCCUCGCCGGACAGCGCCGCCGCGGCGCACGGCCACGGCGACCCCGCCCCCGAGGACGCCACCCACGACGGCACACUGGCGCUGAGCGGACUCAAGCCGGCACCCCCGACGAACCUCCUGCAGCUGCUGAUGUCUGCUGAGAAGUGUGAGGAGCUGCUGUGGGGCGCCAAGCUCUCCGAGGAUCGGGCGCUGCUGCAGCAGGCCGCCAACCUCCCAAUCGUGCUCACGCCCACCUGGGAGGUGCUGCAGGAGACCACGGCGCGUCUGCUCUUCAUGGCCGUGCAGUGGGUGCGCUCGCUGGCCCCGUUCCAGACCCUCUCCAAGAGGGAUCAGUUGCUGCUGCUGCAAGAGUCGUGGAAGGAGCUGUUCCUGCUGCACCUGGCGCAGUGGUCCAUCCCCUGGGACCUGUCGGCGCUGCUCGACUCCCCGCAGGCCCGCGAGCGCCUCCCGCAGGACGAGCUCACCGCCGCCGAGCUCAAGACCAUCCAGGAGAUCAUGUCGCGCUUCCGGCAGCUCAGUCCGGACGUGAGCGAGUGCGGCUGCAUGAAGGCCGUCAUCCUCUUCACUCCCGAGACCGGCGAGCUGUGCGACUCGCAGCCCGUGGAGAUGCUGCAGGACCAGGCGCAGUGCAUCCUCAGCGACUACGUGCGCACCCGCUACCCUCGGCAGCCGACGCGCUUCGGCCGCCUGCUGCUGCUCGUGCCUAGUCUCCGGUCCGUGCGCCAGGCCACCGUCGAGCAGCUCUUCUUCAGGGAGACCAUCGGCGAGAUCCCCAUCACGCGCCUGCUCGGCGACAUGUACCACAUGGGCUACGCCUGAGCCUGGCACUCUUCCUAUCUUUAUCAUUUUCAUCCUUAAUACUAUAAUUUUGCGCACAGAAAUGUUUAAAAAAUAAACAAAUAUUGAAAUAAACGUAGCUUUACUUUAAAUACAGAAUGACAACUGUCUUUUAAAAAAAUGGGAGGACAGAAGCAGGAAAAUAGGUGGUGCCAGGUAGAACUCACAACAGAGUAAAUAAUCCUAUUUCAAUGUGCUCUUCUGAACUCACUCAAUUGAUUUAUGAAUGAAGUAUUCUUGAAAUUCUUUCCAUCAGGCUAUGGCAUGAACUAAAAAUUGAAUGGUAUUGAUGUUGUGUAUGGUAUGGGAAUCGAAAGCUACAUCUGGAAAAAACUGAUGUAAGAUUUGUGUCAAUUGUUACAUUGUUGAAAUUCUUGUGAAUAAAUUUUCUUAAAAAUUCAAA